UGCCUAAAUUAACUGUUAGCUUAUUCAAUGUUCCCAAACAGCUUAUAAGACCAUUUAAGAAAUGAAUUCACGUGAGGAGUUGGACAAUUGGUGUUUGAAAAUAUCAAGGAAGAGUCAUGUAGGAUGUAUCAAAAAUUUAUACUUUAAACUUUAGAGGCUUUUCUAUCGCGUACAAGUCACUUGAACGGAGUUUUCAUAUCGGUGCAUUAACAUGACUUAAACUGGAAUAAUGAGACGAGACAGUUGUGUGCAUAUUCAGGAUGUAAAUACGCUUUUCACUUAAUCUGAAGUAACGCAACGUAAAAUUAAGUCAAGAUGAUGUCAACAGAACGUCUUAAAAUUUUACACAGACAAGAACAAAAUCAAAGGAAGUUUGUUUGUGUGAUGAAUGACGUAGCUAAAACACAACAAGAUCUUUACGAAGGUUAUAUCGAAAAAGAAAAACACGAAUCCGCUCAAAAAUCUGAUAAAGCUAUAGUGGUAACAAAACGGAACAUUGUCCGGCAGAAAGUCUUAAAGAAAUGCAUGAAAAGCAAACGAGAAGAAGUUGAAAGACAAAACGCUAAAAAGAUAUAUGGGCAAUACCAUGGAGUUCCGGUUGAACAAAUUGCAAGUCAGAUUGAUACAUUUUUGGAGAAGAACCACCCGAAAAUAAGACGAAGGCGUAAGAUUGACGAACUGUUCCAGGAAGGGUACAACAAAGGGGCGAUACUGGACAGUGAUACAAUACAUAACAAGGUUCAGGAUUAUUUUGAACGUCCACUUGUAGAAAUCCAGCAUAAAGAAAGUUCUGAAGUGAAAGAUGAAAUUAAAACCGCAAACUCCACAUUUCCAGCAUUAUCGAAGUCAUUCUACACCGGAAAUUUCAAAAUGUCAAGCCAUCCACCCGCAAAAGAAACUGCAAACACUGAUUCCGAUAAGAAAACAAAAGACCAUAGUGAAGAAAAAAUAUUCGUAAAAAGAAAAGUCAGCAAGUUCUUAAAUGAUGAUGUCCCCGACGAUGUGUCGGUUCAAAGUGAGACACCUGUUAACAAUUUGAUCAUGCACAAUAGAGGGAUUCGUCCUUUAACGUUGCCUCCAAUUAAAAUAGGAACAGACAGUGAGGUGCCUCACAGGCCAUCAAAACAAAAACCCGACUGUAUAGCAGAACUUAUUGCGAGAAUACACAAGGCUAAGGACACAAGGGAGAAGGAAAUAAAAAUAAAGAAAGAACGAAGAGCAAAAAGACUUCAACAUGAGCGAGUCUUCGGCAUUGGCAGUGCAGUAACGGAUGACUCUAAUGAUACUGCUGACCACUCAGAUGGAAUUUUCAGUGACUGGGAUAGCAAUCCGUGGAAAAAAGACAGGAAGGACUUGAUUAAUGAAAAAACUAAGGAAAAGGAAAAUCGAAUGAACGGAAAAGGAUUAAAACUACCACCUUUGAACGUUUCGAAAUAGCUUUAUAGAUUUUUUUGGAUAAAAACACAGUUUUGCAAAGGGGUAUUCAACAUAAAUUUCGCACAUGUGAAUGUUUACAAACUAUCCCUGCUUAAUACCUUUUAUGAUAACAUGAAUGCGCGUCAUCCAAUACGACGUAUGUUCAAAGGUGUACCUUAUCGUAUAAUUUUGCAGACAAUUUACCUAUUUGUAUAUACUGUAGUAACAUACUCUUUAUCGGAAACGUGUCGCAACAGGUUAUCUAAGAAACGUCUUGUUGUUUAAAAAAUGGCUGUUAUUUUGGUAUUAUUUCAGAUCUCGUUUUUAGCAAAUAUUUCUUUGAAUUAUGUCUCUGGCUGUCAUACGCGCAUCGCAGUUUCCUCGUUUUCUUUGACAAUUUCUUUUGUAAACGAUGCGUUGUAGAUCUGUCAUUUACUCAUACAUGACCAUAGCUGUUGUUUAAAAUAUGGCUGGUAUCUUGUUAUUAUUUAAGAUAUCAUUUUUAGCUAAUAUUUCUUUGAAAUAUGUCUUUUCUUUGAACUAUGUCUCUAGCAGACAUACGCGCAUCGCUGUUUCCUCGUUUUCUUUGACAAUUUCUAUUCUAUCUAGAUGACGAAACCCCAGUGCAUAGUCUGAAAAGUAUUCCUCAAAGUUUCUUUUAAUAUCAAAUCUAAAAUAGGCUGUACAUUACAUCAACAAGAAAUGUAAAAUUAAACCUCGGGCAUAAAAAAGAAAGACAAGUAUCUGAUUCGAACCUAUGUCCAAAAAGUUGAAUUCAAGUGACAGGCAUCGGGUUACCACUACACUGUGAGGUCUUUCUCUAUUUGUAUACAAUUGCAAUUGAUAUACUAACUUAACUGAUACUUUUUUUCGUAAACAUUGCAGUACUGUAUGGCGUCACUAUCAAGUUAUCGAAAAAACAUUAAUGGAAUACAUGGAGUGUCUGAAAUGUUUUUGACAAGAAUGACGUUUGUUUUUAACAACAUUAUACAGUGAAAUAUAUUAUUUCAUCUCAUUCUGAUCCAUAUCGAGUGAAAUGUUGCAAUGUGUUACCUUCAAAUGUAAAGAAGUAUAUUAAUACGCACGAAUAACUAAAAAUGAUAAUAAUAAACUAACAAACUCAAACGUUUAUCGUUUUAUUACUGUAGAAAUCGAGUUUGUGUGGUUUUCCUUCUUUACUUGAACAGUUUCUAUUUACUAAACACAAAUACAAUGUAUAUAAAUUACAAAGA